CUAACUCAAGUGUGGCGGCAAUGAGAUCAGCUACGGCUCCACCUAGCCCUCCCGGCCUGAGAAAACCAACAGAGAGCACUAAGCUCCCAUUCACACUGAAAACUUCUGGAAAGAUAAAACAUACCUUUAAUGAGGGCCUGCAGCUUUUCUAGAUGGCCUCUUUCCAUCACCUAGCCCAAGGGUGCUGUCUUCGUAUCACAGCUGGCAAUAUAUAUACAAUGUACACUGAUACAACAAGGACAGAGGUUGUGCUUGUCAGUUAGCUUUUCUUGCUGCUUCCUUCUAAGAGCUAUGCAUUGGUGGUAAAUGCCUCCUGGGAACAGACUCUUUAUUCUCAGCAAGCACCCCACAACGAAUGCACGGAGCAGGGUUUCCCAUAGGCCCAUGGUGGAUCGGAGUGGGUUGCAAUAUGUAAGCUGUAAAGGGAUGCUCACCUCCCCUUCUCAACAGGUAUGAAGAGAGUUCAACAUGUGCAGGACUGCAGAGAAUGUGUAUGAGGUGCUCAAGAAGGACGUGGAUUGUGCCUGCGUGAACCAAGCUGAGCUGGAAACCAAGGUGGAGUCCCUCAGCCCAGAGAUCAACUUCCUAAGGAGCCUGUGUGAGACAGAAAUGGCUCAUCUCCAAGCAUCCAUUUCAGACACCUCUGUUAUUGUGCAAAUGGACAACAGCUGAGGCCUGGACAUGGAUGAUAUCAUCGCUGAUGUCAAAGCUCAAUAUGAAGACAUUGCCAAAAGGAGCCAGGCUGAUGCAGAGUCCUGCAAGCAAGCUCAGUAUGAGGAACUGAGAGAAAUUGCUGGCAAACAUGACAACAUGCGUAACACAAAGAACGAAAUUAUGGAGCUGAAUCGGGUGAUUCAGAGACUGAAUGGGGAACUCGAAAACACCAAAACGCAGAGAUGCAAACUGGAAAGAGCCAUUGCUGAAGCAGAGGAGCAUGGAGAAGUAGCCAUCAAGGACGCAAAGUGCAAACUCUCCGAGCUGGAGGCAGCUCUGCAGAAGGCGAAACAGGACAUGGCCUGCCAGCUCCGCGAGUACCAGGAGCUCAUGAACAUCAAGAUGGCCCUGGACAUCGAGAUAGCUACCUAGAUAGCUACCUACAGGAAGCUGCAGGAGGGAGAGGAAAGCAGGUGGCUGCUAGCACAACCCUGCAAAAUACCUGCAAAGAAGAAACACUAA